UGAGAGGGAGGCCUCAUCCAUCCUCCCCCUCCUUCCGGGGAUGCGGAGCCCCCGUGGGAGUCGCAGAAAAGGGCCAUUGCCACUUUAAAUGACUCAGGAAGUGAAAGGAGCCCGCCUGACAGGGAAAGGGAAAGUGGAACCGGGGCGGCGGGGGCCGCGGCGCCGAGAUCUCGCCGGGGUACCUAGAGGCCGAGCGGGGUGUGCGGCGUGGGGGCCGACAGGGGCACGGGCCGCCGCGCCGGAAGUGGCCGGGCGGCCCAAGGAAGCACUGCCGGCGCCGAGCUUUCAGCCGGCGGGAAGGCCCUUUCCCCUGGCCGGGUGCGGGCUGCAGGGAGCAGGCGGCGCAGCCGCGGGCCCGCACGGAAACACCGCACAGCCUGAGCGGGGGGCUGCGACUCCCUGGGGCAGGACCGGGUGAGGAGGAGGACGUGAGGGCGCCGCGAAGGCCAGGAGGCGAGCUCCGAGGCCCCACGACCUGGGCCUCGUCCCCGCACCCACAUGGCCUCCGGAGGGGGCGCGGCCUUGGAGGAGCUGCCGCACGAUGGCACGUGUGACCAGUGCGAGCCCGACGAGGCUCCCGGGGCGGAGGAAGUGUGCCGAGAAUGCGGCUUCUGCUACUGCCGCCGCCACGCAGAGGUGCACAGGCAGAAGUUCCCCGGGCACCACCUGGCCGAGUACGUCCACGGCGCGGCCCAGGCCUGGACCUCCCGAGUCCAGGAGGAAGGCCAGGGGAAGGAAGGCGUGGAGGCCCAGUUGGGGAAUGAGAGAGACGUAGAGAGCGAGGCGGGGGAGCAGAGCGAGGAGUCCGAGGAGGACACUGAGUCCGAAGAAGAGAGCGAGACGGAGGAAGAGAGUGAGGAGGAGAGCGAGGAGGAGAGCGAAGAAGACAGUGAGGAAGAGAUGGAGGAUGAGCAAGAGAGCGAGGCGGAGGAAGACAACCAUGAAGAUGGAGAAUCUGAGGCCGAGGGAGAAACUGAGGCAGAAAGUGAAUUUGACCCAGAAAUAGAAAUGGAAGCAGAGAGAGUGGCCAAGAGGAAGUGUCCGGACCAUGGGCUUGAUUUGAGCACCUAUUGCCAGGAAGAUAAACAGCUCAUCUGUGUCCUGUGUCCGGUCAUUGGGGCUCACCAGGGCCACCAACUCUCCACCUUAGACGAAGCCUUCGAAGAGCUAAGAAGCAAAGAUUCAGGCGGAUUAAAGGCGGCGAUGAUAGAGUUGGUGGAAAGGUUGAAGUUCAAGAGCUCAGACCCUAAAGUCACUCGGGACCAGAUGAAGGUUUUUAUACAGCAGGAAUUUAAGAAAGUUCAGAAAGUGAUUGCUGAUGAGGAACAGAAGGCCCUUCAUCUAGUGGACAUCCAGGAAGCAAUGGCCACAGCUCAUGUGACUGAGAUACUGGCAGACAUCCAGUCCCACAUGGACAGGUUGAUGACUCAGAUGGCCCAAGCCAAGGAACAACAUGAUACCUCUAACGAAGCAGCUGAGCCAAAGGCAGAGGGUGACGAGGAAGGACCCAGCGGUGCCAGUGAGGAAGAGGACACGUGAAGGCUUGCCGUCCCCGUGGAAAACCAUUCCUUCCCCUCGUGUGUAUGUGACAGCGUGUGCGUGACGGCUUCUGGUCUCUGUGAAAGCUGCCCGGCAACAAACGCCCUUCCACCGGACACGUCCCCUGACCCGCAGCAGGCGCAUGUCUCUCCGAGGGGCGACCAGCUCUGUGCUUGCUGACUGUGUGCUUCUCAUGCUCUCGUCGUGUAGGUCCGGGAGCGGCGCCCCUUGAUCAGCCGGGAGCAAUUAAGAAGGGUCCUCGAGGUGAUUCCUCGUGGCUGCUUUGAACUUACUCAGGAAAGCCCACCCCUGUAAUACUAGAUACCCACGCGGCAUGUCCUCAUCAGGAAGGGUCUGGAAGAAUCUCGAAGGGCAGUCAGAGUAUGUUCCCUACGUGCUAAUCGGACCCCACUUCAUUCACAUGGAAGCAUGACACAAAGGAGGGCCGAGGAAGGCCGGACACGUGGCAACAGUCUCCAGAAGUCCAGGUGUUCCUUCGUGGAAACAUGGUUUCAUGAAACAAGAUGGAUGACAAGAUGGAGUUGGAGAAAGAGUUAAAAUGUAGAAACCUAUGGAGACAUUUUUAGUACACCAGGUUACGCAGGACUUCAGAUUCAUAAUUUAGUGCUGUGGAAAUGAAGGAAAAAUGAUCGAAGAGCUAGAAAGGAAAUGACCUUAAAAAAGAAAAAGGACCAAAGAGAUCUGAUUAAAAGUUGAAAUCAGUGUUUCUGCACUUAAAUUGUCUAAGCUCCCAAAAUAGUCACUGAAGGGUCUGAUGAAACCUGAAUGAUUUGAGUGAAUUCUGCAGGUUUUCUGAAUCUACUCACAGGAAAGGCUGGCACAUGUAUUACCAAAUGGGAAUUCUCAGUGUGAGUUUCUGCUCCUCCUCCCCCAGCUUAGCCCCGUCUGGCUUACAUGCAGCACGGGGAGAAUCCUCAUCACCUGGGACGUGCGGAACGGAGCCCCAAGCUCCGUCUGGGCAAUAGGACUCCCUGUGCUCCAGCUGGAGCCCUCUCCCCCUGGCUCCCGCCACAGGCCGGCCUCCAGGUCCUCCGCCCUCCCCACUCUCCUCCGUGGAACACGAGCAGAGACACAUCCUGGUUGGACUUCGGGCCUCUCCCCGCUCCCAACUCCCGUUUCCUUACAACCAGGUUUUUUCUGCUCAGAUGAGCAGUGAUGUCCUUGAAAUACCAAACUGCAAGCUAAAAACCCUGCAUCUUCUGGAACAUCAGUUAUACUUAACAAAUAGUUUGGCGUCAGGGGGUGACCUUGUUUUCAGAUAAAACAAAGGCAGUUGUAUUAGGAAAUAGAAUGCUUGUACACAUCAGUGCAGUUGAGAUAAAACGGGAGACCUCACAGCUAAUUCUUAUUUGCAAGUGGGGGCAUGUGCUCCCUCUGCUCCGCCUCUAGUGGUAUCGGGUGUUUGUUUUUGAGAAGUACAGUUGCAUCUGUGUCCUAGCCGCCUUGGGGCUGCUGCUGACUCGGGGCCCGGCCUGCUCGUCCCUCUGAGGCAGGACCCCAGGAGCCUGCUCCGGGGGAAAUCCCUCCCCCCUGCCUGCCCGCCUGCCUGCGGCUCUAAUGUACCUAUCACAGAGCGUUAGGGCCGGCCGAUGUGUGUGUGUGCGGUAUGGUCUUGAGGCAGAAACAAUACUUACUGUUAGGAAUCCUAUUUAUAUCAUUGCUCAGUUCUGUGCAUGCUGUUAAAUGAUCAUUCCUUUGAUGCCAGGAAGCUACCAGGGAUAUAUACUUCUGGGUUAGGACCAUCCUAGCUCACUAACCAUGUCAGGGUUUGUUUAUAAAGUUGAGAGGAGUUUGGGCUGUUAAGGAAAAAAAGGUGUUUUUCUCUCAAACUGGUAGCCAGCCAGUGGCUAAGACAAUUCUGGUGCUUUACCCGCCUGCCUGCAAAGGCUGGAGAACCUGGCGUCCCACGAAUCACAGCUCCCAACCACGUCCAACAGGGCUGCCCUUAAAGGAGACCCAGUGGUCGCUCUGAAAAUACAAAUUUAAACACCGGAAGAUUUAGAAGACUUUAGGAUUCGGAAGCUUGUGUUAUCUUUUCCGAAUAAUUAUUUUUUAAUGUCUAAAUAGUAGCCUUAUCUUAGCAAUGGACAGAUCAUUGGCCUCUCCAUAUCAGAUCACCAGUUAUUACUUUAAAUCAGCGUUUGGGAAACCCAAGCAUUAAUGCAGUGGAUGUGAACGGAAAUAUUAAAAUGUGCACCAGCCUGUCUCAAUAAAUGAUCACAUCCCUCUAGUCCUCAAGGAGAGCACUUUUGCUCUUCCUUAGGAAGGACUUCAGACCUGCUCUGUGGGUGCCUGCUGUCCUCAGCACCUGAGAGACUUUAACCAGGGGGGGCGUUAAAUACAGCGCAGCAGCCUGCCCAGCCCCCGAGUUCCUGCCGGCAGCAUUUAUCAACGUGAGAACUGGGGUGCUUCCUGCAGCGGCACCAGCUUCCCCCAGAGCCGGGGCUGCUGCUCAGCCCCACGCCCCAGCAUGAUGAGGUCCCCCCUCCUGCCGGGUCAGCACAAGCUGUGCUCAAAAGUGCGCCCUGACUGGCUGCAGGCAGUUGCAGAAAUCCCUGGGGUCACGUCAUCAAGGGAGGCAGGUAGCGAAUGUCUUCAGGAUGAAUUGAGUCCCAUCACCAGUCCCUGGCUGCCUUCCAAAUGCUGGGUGUCUGGAGGCCAAGAGGGAUUUUUUUUUUAAUUAUUAUUAUUUAUUUGAUGUCAAACUCCAAGAAAUGCUUGGAGUCUCAGCUCUGACAACCAAGAAGGGAAAUGACCUAUAUAGAGGCCUAAUUGUGAACCAGGCCCUAUACUAGGCCUCCACUCCCAGAUGAUAAAACAGAUUUGGAGCGGAAGAGUCACUCACCGUGACUUACACAGCCCAACAGCUAGGACUUAUUGGAGCCGGAGUUCAAACCCAGUCCUCUUUAACUCCGUGGCCUGUGGAGCAUGUCUAAGUACAGAGGGAGAAAAGGCGUCAGGUUCCCCCACCUCAGUCUGACAAUCCCAUUUUAUGAAUUGUUUCACAAUUACAUUUCCCGGCUGUAGAUUGGGCUCAAAAAUAGCAUCAGGAGUAGCCUUAUUCUUCCACUUUAGCAGAUGCAUUAAGUACACGUUGCAAAGUUCAGACUGCCCCCAGGAGUUGGGGGAGGCUUUCCUUUUUGGUGCCACAACAGCAAAAGUGAAGGGUGUCGGCUCUGCAGCCUUGUUUGAAAAUGUCCGCUGCUACGCUGCUAUGGAAAAGGAAGUCUUCGUAUUUUAGUACACGCGGCCAGUUCUGAGCUCUGUGAGGACGCGGAAACCUGAAGUCCAGCGACUCUAGCCUUUCUUGCUGAUACCUGAUAUGUGUACAUAAAUGACAUUUAUAUACGUAUAUGUGCGCACACACGCACACACACACACAGUUUAAGCACUGAAGGAAAUUCAGAGCAGCCCCUCAUUAUUUUUCAGACCACUGCAAAGGUUUCCACCAGCCCUGAUUCCAAGGGUCACCAGAUAAUCAGAGCUUAGGGGCUUACACGAUGCUAACACGAAGAGCAGCUCCUUGGCAAAGGUUGUCAGACCCGAAGGCACUGAGCUGAGGUGACAGCCCCGAAGGAAAUGCACUCCAGCCCCUCCACGUGCAGGUUGGCUAACAACACUGGAGAGUGGGACGCCAGGCGUGCUGGUGACCUGAGAGUGACCCGACCAUGCCGGGCGGGCCCGAGGGCCCAGCGGCAGCAUCCACGACCUAUAGUCACGGCAGGGCCUCGGAGUCCUCCUCCCCACCUGGAAAACGUUCUCCUGCCACAUGCACAUAAUGGUUGUUCAGUACGUGGUUUUUCAUAAGGAAGUCAGUUGCAAUGUCUCCCGUGUGCCCAGCACAUCUGGAAUUUUCCGUUUAAAAAACCAAAUCUAUUAACAAAUGGAAUCAGCCCAGCCCUAAGAGAAAAAGAAGGCCCAGAGAGGAGACCCCUCAUCUCCUUGCCUUUGCCCAGCCGGGUCUCCAGAGCCCCCACCUCACCUGCUCCGAGCACUGGAAGGCCCCGGCAGCCCCUGCCCUCUGGGGGCUGGCCACGUAAAACAGGACCGUUUGGAACUGAGAGCACACCAGAAAUACGCAUCCGAGCAAGAAAAUGGAAAUGAAUUAAGACAGUUGUGAGUAUACUGGUGCAAAAAAAAAAAAAAAGAAAGAAAGAAAGAAAUGCCACAGAGCUGAGCCUGACAUGCCCUUGAGGGGACAAUAGAUGGACACUUAGUGGGAGUUAAACCCGAUUAGUCUUUCUGCAGUGACGGGCCGCACUGCCCGGGUGGGGAGGGCCGAGGAACCGCUGUCCUCUGCCUGCGUUCCUGUGCGGUCAGGCCCCCUCCUCGGUCAUCUUCCCCUUCCACCCUUCCCAUUAAACAAGGGAACACUCCAUCUUUCAAGGGAACUACACGUUUGAGUUAAUGUUUCAGUAUAUCAUCUUCAUACUGUAAAUUAUUUUGUAAGAGAUUUACCGCUAUCCCAGGAUGUUUGGACUCAGCGCCCCUGUGCAUUUGGAAAUCAAUAAACUAUUACUGGAAAUA